ACGUAUUGAUAACUCUGACCAUAUUUUGAUUUUUGACAUCAUUAUCAACAUGAUAGGCAACAUCUGAAACGAAUGCAGUGAAAUUUCAAGGAAUAUUGUUUAAUAAGCUUAUUAAGGAAGGAUUAUGGAAGACCUAAUAAGGUUGACGUCAUGUGAUGAUGGGCGAUGUUGUUGCUUGACACCUCGUUCCAGUGUGGUGCUCAUUUCUAUUAUAGGACAGGUAGGAUGCUUAUUGGAAAUUGUGUCCAAUUAUGGUAGUGAAUGUAUAACCAGCCCACGUCAUGUGGACACCUUACGGAAUCUACUAUUAACAUUCUUCCAAAUGGCAAAUAUGCUACUCUUAUUAGGAUCUAUUGUAGAAUAUGCCUGGCUACUGCGAGUGUACUUGUGGUACACUUUAGCGUUCAUCGUUCUCGGUUUUGUUGUCUCCAUCGCUGGAUUUCUCUACCGUUACCAACAUCAUGGCGUGUGGAGUUUGGCCUUCUUGGUACCAGAAGUCACUUUUCUUUUCGUAAUGUACCGGUGUCUGCCCUUAGUGGAUACCUAUCGAAGACGAAUUGAAGUAAUCGGGUAGUGUAAACCAAUAAAUAUAUAUAAUAUACCUAUACUAAGAUAAUUGUUCUAGUUCUACGUUCUUAAAUCAUUUGUAAGCCGACUGCCUUCAUAGGAAUCUUUACCUAAGUUUCAUAACUUAGGUAAAGAUUCAGAGACGGCCUAAGCGCAUAAAAUCUUAAUAAAUUUGCUGUGCACCUGAAUUUUUUGCUUUAUAUGUUGUUUGAAGGAAAUGCCAUUUCUCAUAAACGAUCAAAUUCUAGAAUUGUAUAUUAGAGUGUAAGGAUUUGGGUUUAUAAAAUAAAGUAUACUUUCAAAUA